GCCGGCCAUUUUUUUAGUUUUAUCUUAUAUGCUUAGUAAAACAUUUGAAAGGUCUAUUUUUUUAUGUAUUUUUUCGAUUCCCUUACACCUCCCUCCCCCGUUGUGUUUAGUCAACAUGUCGUGUUUUCCAAACAGCUGCUGCGGCGGUUCAUAUUGAUCAGAAGCUCGUGAAAAAGGAAAAAUUUAUACCAGUCAACCAAAUGUUAACCAUUUUUACACUACUUUUAGCUUUUUCUAUAUGUGAAAACAACCUUCAACCGCAUUCCGGCCAGCGGUUGAAUUAAAAAGCCGCCGCCAUUUUGAUUUUGGUGGAUGUUAUUUGAUGCUGAUAGCUUCCAAUGCAAGAUGUGUUAAAUCAAGAAUACCAAACUAACAUUCAGUGAGAGGUGUAAAAAGUGUCUAACAAACGGCGAUGUCUAUGUUUAAAGUUGUAAGAACUUUCACGAACAACCAGGUAUUCAGACAAAAUCUCAGUAGGCUGUUAAGUAAUGUCCAAUUCUGUGCUCGAUUUGCAAGUGAAAGUGCAAGAUUUCAGAGUGGCGAACAAGAUUUCGACAAAGAGGCUUAUAAUCGUCGCCAGAAGCGGUUGGUGGCUGCUAUCAUUGGUUCUUCUGUAGGACUGAUCGGUUCGAGUUAUUGUUUGUAUAGAAAACUUAGCAAGGCAAAUGCAGAGAGUCCAAAUGCUGCCCUUGACAGCAGAAACCUUGGUGGUGAAACGAACUCAGAUGAAAAUAAAGAAGAAGAAACCGACGGAAAAAGCAAAAAGGGUAAACAUGGAUUCAGGGAAAGAAGGGUGAGAAAGUUUGCUUUGCUACUGCGUCUUAGGCAGACUUGCUACCACCCCAAUAAAGAAAAAAUAAUAGACUCAUGAAAAAAGUAGUCAGAUUCUCUGUUUUUCCCAAUCAAGAUUAAACGAACCCUUUUCUCAACUGAGGGGGGGGGGGGGGGGGGGGGCCUGGAGGGAGGAAAUUAAGUUUUUAUCUGAAUAUUACAAUAUUACCUUGCUUUAUUUGUGGUCCCUGUUGUAACAAGGUGCCACUUUUUAAUGACUAAAAAGUGGUCAUCACUAGGCUGAACCUAAUAUAGCAAAAGGGUUGUUUCUUCCGUAUAAGCCAACUAAUUACAGCCAAAAUGUUAGACAAAGUCCCAACAAGGCUUAAAAAGGCAUUAGUAUGCCCCAUUGAUUUUCCAUUUUAUCCUACAAGGUAACAUUUCAUGUUAAAAUGAUUUUCUCCAAAAACCGUGUGAUUGGGAGCUGAGUAUUGUCGUGAAGCGAUAUGAGAAAAGAUAAAUUGUGAGACUCUGUGAAGAUUCAGGAGAGUUGGCAGGUCUUCCUUAGAUGGAUUAAUAGUUAGAUAUAAAACUUUAUUAUAUAAACACCAAUGAAAUACCAGGUGAGCUUUCGUGCAAAAACUUGAUAUCUUCAUGUGUGAAAAUAACAUGUUAUCUUCACAUGUGAAAAUAUUGCCGUUGCUAUGGCUACAUGAUAAAUCGUGCCUUUCACACCAAAAAACUAUUAAAGUGAAAUGGUUUGGUAUUUCAUUGGUGUUUAUAAAAUAAAUAGGACAUUACAUGGCUGCUUGGAGAAACAAAAUUAAUUCUCUUCUCGUGUUGAAAAAAUAUUUCACUUGUUUGCUGAGCUCACUCGUCAAAUAUUUUUCUACACUCAAAGAGAAAUUUCGUAUCUCCGUGCAGCCAUGUAAUAUCCUCUAUUUAUUAAUUUGUCAGAGCCAUAUAGUUUGGGAAACACCCCAUACUAAUUUGGGGACACAAUUUAUGAUUGGAAUUACAUAUACAAUAUAAAAGUAGAAAUAUUAAAACUAUGCAGCACUCAGCUUGGCAAAAAAGUUGAACUCUCUUUCAGCUGAUGAAAUUAACUGGAAGGUGGCUUUUACAUGUAGCUACAUCCCUGCAUGUUAAUUUGCUACUGUGGCUGAAGGGGUCAGGUGCUUGGGUGCUUAUUCGAUACUUAACAAUAUUAUUCCUCGAGCCCGAAUGGGUUCUGAGUCAAUAGCCCAUGAGGUUGAAGGCCGAAUGGACUAUUGACUCAAAGGCCAUGAGGGCGAGAGGAAUAAUAUUAUUGUUUUGGUAAAAUCCAACUAGUUGGUCAAAAGUGUUGAGACAAAACAACUUUAGCUAGCAAAACACGAUUCAACCGCCUUUGUUUUGGUUUUCAAAGCUGGCGUUUUUCGCUACUAGUAGGCUAUAACAUAUAUAGGCUAUAACAUCUAGCUUAGUAGUAGCUCAACCAAUCAGAACACAGCAUUGAUGAUAGACCACUAAUUAGAUUUUACUAGUAAUUCUUAGCCUGCAUUGCAAGCAGACUUGUUACUCAAGACCUAGUUAGUCAAUAGAGAAUAGUCUAUAUUGUGGAUUUAGACUGUCUGUGGCACAUGCUAGUAAUGCAAUGUAUCUUUUCAAUUACCUUGCUCUUUUGAGUGAUUAAAUUUUUCUUCUUUUUUAGAUUAUUGAAUAUGAAAAUCGUAUAAGGCAGUACAGCACACCUGACAAAGUUUUCAGGUACUUUGCAUCACUCAAAGUUGUUCAUGUUGGAGAAGAUAAUGAAGUGUUUAUGACACCAGAAGAUUUUGUGAGAUCUUUAACACCUGGAAAAAUACAACCAACUGGUAAUAAAUUCUAGGAAUUAUAGUCUAAUCGUAUUGAUUUUAUAUAAUUGACCCAACAGCUGAACAUUAUGUCUGAACAUUAGCUGUUUGCCCAUUCUUCAUCCUAACAGUAAGACAGUUCUAAGUUUUAGCUAGAUGCCAUAACUGCAUGAACCAAACAACAUUCCAAUUUUUAUUAGUAUAAGCAAUCUUGUAGUCUUACAGUGUAGUUCCCCCUAGAAGACUCCUUCCCCAAAAGAAGUCUACAGAACAAGCAAUAUGGGGUAUUUUUGGAAAUGCAGUAUUUCAAGAACUGCAGGGUAGGCUAUGCUUUUUUAUUUAGCCUGUGCCAGGCUCUUGAUCAGUGUAGAUAAGCCCUCUCUCUCUCCACCCCUCACAUGGUUUUUCACAGUUUUUCUUUUUUUCGAUCUGUUCUCCCCACUCUCUUCCAGCCUGGAACUGUCUAAUUUUCAUUGAGCUGACCCUAAAGCCCCAUGCAAACAGGUGCAACAUUGUUGGAUGUUACAUGUUACUUGUUGUGUCGAUUUGUACACCCUGUUGUAUGAAACCUGUCAAACUUUUAGCUACGUGCAAAAAAUGAACACAACUCCCAACAUUGUUGGACCAACAAUUAUGUUGGGAGUUGUUGCAUCUGUCUGCACAUAGCUUAAAUUAAAGGUGUUAUUUUAUGAGAGUUUCUGUCAAUUUACUCUAGGUUUAGGACUUGAUGAACAUGAAAGAUUUAACCCAGAGGUAAAUCAGUAUAGAGUGUUUUUGUUAAAUAAUUAAUUUACUGAAGUUAUGUUCUACAUGUAGAACGUCUUUCAAGGUUUGCUAACAUACGUUGUAAUAAUAACAUUUUUUGAUUCAUCAACUUUUCUCUUCAUUGUACAUGUGUUUCUUCUUUCUUUAAUUUUUCAUGUUGUUUAGGUUUAGACAUAGAUUUAAGGUGUUGAUAGACAGGGCCUCAUGUGUCGGCUCUCUUCCCUUAGGAGACUAGAAGGUCUUGCCCAGCCAUUAUUGUGUUGUGAACAAAGGCAGUACAUACUCCUCUGUUACUUAAAGAACCCGAGCUUUGAUCCUACUGGUAAACAAUCCCAGGCCCAUAUUGCUCCAAAGUCAAGUGCUCAAUGAACCCAAUGAUUUUGUUACCCCUGCAUCCUGUGUCCCAGCACAUUAAAAUCCCCCAAGAUGCAAGAAUUCACAGCAGGCAUCCUGUAACUGAUGCAAAGAUUGGUAAUCAAGCUAAGCAGUGAUUAAUCAGUGACACCUGUCAACUAAUUACUGAGGGUCGUGCAUUUAAAGGAAAGAGGCCUUGAUUGACUUUUUUGGUCUUUGGCUGACUUUUAUUUCUCAUUCCAUUUUCACGGCUGUCACUCAAUUUUAAGUAGGCAAGGAAAUUUGAAGAUUGCUCUAGCUGGAGAAUUGUGAUUUCCUUGUGUUGGCAGUAAUGUUGUGUAUUAUUUUGCUAAAGUAGCAAGGGCUAAGUCAUUUCUUAAUCUAACAGCCAGUCCUUGAAUGUCAAAUUGAAUGCCCUGUAUUACGUCUUGCAGUUUGUUUGUUAAUUACAUGUACAUGUAGUCCUCCUUUUACUAACAUUGAUUUUUGUGAUUUUAAUAAAAUGCACUUUUAUUAAUUUUAAACAGAAACAUAAAUACAAAGGUCUUCUGUCAGACCAGCUGGGCUCUAAUAGUGUGUUCUUGAAGAUGGGAGAAUACGGGCUGAUUUCAUUCUCGGAUUACAUAUUCCUUCUAACAGUUUUGUCAAGUAUGUUGUAAAUUUUUUUCUAAUGUAUAUUUACGGCCCUAUUUCUUCAUCAUGGUAAAUUUAUUUCUGUUGUAGGAUUUCAUCUUCCGAUAUUAAUAUUAUUUUAAGAACACUGAAGCUAACACUAUAAUCACUUAUACAGCCAUGAUGUUUUAUUAUAGUAAGCAAUCUUGAAGUUAGAGGAAGGCAAAAAACUCAUUUACAGAUUAAGUACUUGCUUUUAAGCUUUCAGGUUUCUCUCUUCUUCCACACUGAUCCCCUAUUUCCUUUGAAAGUAUCCACAUAGAUCUACCUGAUACUUGUCUAUCAUGGAUUUACAGAUUAAGUGAUGAAUAUGUGAAAAAACUGACUGCCAAUGAAAACUUUUUCUCAUAUUUUCUCGUGUCAAGUUCCUCCUAGAAUGUUUAAAAUUGCAUUUCAAAUGUUUGACUUCAAUGGUGAUGGCGAGGUGUCACCCGAAGAAUUUGAAAAGGUAAGAAUCUUGGUACUGAACUGCAAAAAGCUGGAGCACCCAUAGUUAGGUCAAACUGGUGCUCUCUCAAUUUUUUUUUAAGUAGUCCCUGGUAAAAUAAUCAGCUGCAUCCCUGUGUUGUUAGCUAGCAUAUUAUUAUUUGUCGCAUCAAUGAAAAGAAAUUGCAGCUAAAGGCUGUGCUGUUAAAAGUCAAUUAUGGCUUCUAUUUAUAUAGAUCUUCAGUGUAUAAUUGAUCUCCUAUCCACUGCCCACAAAUUCAUCUAAGAGGUUUUGUAUAUUCUUUACAUAAAGAGUCCUGCAAGAUUACCAGUCCAAUUAUGAACCAAAUUAAAGGUAUUUGACAUGUACAGUUUGGUUUUCUAAAAGUGAAAUCCUAUCAAGUACUCUCUCAAACUUGUUCAUACCCAUCAUGGAGAGAAAGAAGGAAAAAGGAGGUUUUGGUGUUGUGUACUAUAAUAUGUUUCAAUAAAAUUUUGCAAACUAAGCUGUGAAGUAAUUUCUUUAAAAAAUAUUAUAUCAUUGUAAAGCUACAGUGCGGGGUUGUGGUAAGCUUUUUGACUUGUUGUAGCCUGUUCCCUAAAGGUAUCUGCCUAAGGGGAUACUCGGCACCGCAAAUUUUCUUUUACUCAACCCUACUUUUAAACAUGUACCGAUUCUUUUUAUUUCCUGUUAAUUGUUUGCAUGUCAGCUCGUCAAAUAGAAUGUAUCUAAAUCUUAAACUACCGAUCCAAGUACCAACCAUGAAAAGGGUCUGCUAUUAAUCAUUUGAAGGAUAAUGUGUUUAUUUCCUCAUUACUCUUAGGUACAGAGUAUCCUGUUUAGCCUGACACAGACUGGAAUGCGACAUCGUGAUCAUUCAGUGACAGGCAGUGUACUGUCUCCACAUGUUAACAGUGGCCUUAAGGAAUACUUCUUUGGGAAAAACAUGGAAAAAAAGCUUACUGUGCAAAGAUUUGCUGAAUUUCAAAAGAAUCUUCAACAGGAAGUCAUGUUCCUUGAGGUACAUUUUCUUUAAAAUGAUCAUUUUGACAAAUGUAACCCUCAACUAGCCUGUCAUUAUGCAAAGAAGAAUCUACUCUAGGCUUGACAGGAGUAAAAUCAUGAAGCCAGAUCAACCAGUGCUUCUAGGUGUUAGCAAAUAUUGUCACAAGUGACUGUUGGGAACACCUUAUUUGCUUACAUUUAUUAAGUUGAAGGUCAUUAGGUACCUUAUCAGUGUUGUGUAUACUGACUUAAUUAAUUUGUAAUGUCAGUUGACUCACUGUGCAUGUCCCUUGUAGAGUGUGUUUAUUUGCUCUUUUGACUUGAAUUGCCAUGCAAUCCUACUAUUAUUGGCUACUUCAAUUUGUAUUAAAACCCUUGAUCAGAGCGUACUGUACUACACUGAGACAGGCUACUUGGCUCAAUGCUGUUCAUGGGCUUAUUCUUUAAAAUUAAUUGCUUUUUUCUUUUUUCGUUAAGUUUAAUUCUUAUGAAUUAGUUGAUGGACGAAUAACAGAAUGGGAUUUUGCUGACAUGCUUCUAACCUACUCAAGUUUCCAUGAAAAGAAAAAACAAAAAAUUCUCAGGAAAGUAAAGAAGUGUUUUAAAGAAAAUUCACAGGUAGGAACAAACAAGAACAUAAAUAAAUUGAGAACUUGAACUUUGGUUUAUCAAGAGUUGCUUAUAGAGCGUAUUCACUAACAUGGACAGCAUCUAUGCUAAUCAAUAUAAAUGGAGAACUUGACCCUCUUAGUUUAAAAAUUUGUUUUUGUUUAUCUAGAGUUGCUAAUAGAGCAUAUUCACUCACGUGGCCAGCAUAUAUGCUAAUUAAUAUGAGCAAAAGAAAGUUUUUACAUGAGAAAAGAGUUCAAUCCCCACUGGGUUGUCUCAAGGUACACCAACAUGGCUGCCUUUUCAUUGUUUUGGAACACCAAUUGACAUGGCUGCCGUGACGUCAUGUGAAUACACUCUAAAUGAUGUGAAAACAUAUUUUUUCUUUCUCUGUGACUAAAAGGGUUAGUAACGGAAGUUAAAAUACUCAGUUCAGUUGUUUUCUGUUUGGAUAAAUAACAGUGUUAACUGUUUUCAUAAAAUGGUGAUAUUGGACAAAUAUUAAUUAAUAAAUGUUUAUUUAGACCGGCCAGAAUUGUUGGUUAGUCUAAGCUAUACCCUGGUCUAGCCAGUAAAGACAUUAAUGGUUAAUUAUUUAUUUCAGUCACACCCACUAGAACAGUAUUAUUUUUAUAUUAUUUUUUACAGGGAAUAACUUUCAAAGAUUAUUUGGAUUUCUUCUGUUUUAUGAGGAACAUUUCUGAGGCAGACAUGGCUUUGAGCUUCCACAAUGCUGCUGGUAAACCUAUCGAUCCAGGUAUUCAAUUUCUGAUGGGGAACGAGUUAUUAAACAUUUCGUAAUAUUUUCUCUGAUGUGUGUGAUUUAGACAUUAAUUGUGUAGCUGUAAACUAAACUUUUGUUUAUAUUUUUGUUACAGACACAUUUAAACAAGUUGCUAAAACAGUGAUGGAUGUAAAUUUGAGUGAUAAUGUGGUGGAUGUUGUUUACAAGAUGUUUGAUGAAAAUGGUAAUAAGUUUUUUAUUAACAAUAUGACUAUUGCUAGUGUAAUGUUUUACUUGUGUGUUGUUCCUACCUUCAGGCUCUAAAACCGAGACAACAGCUAUAUGUCUUGUAAAUUGUUACACUUAUUCAUAUUGAAUGGUCCUCAUAGCCAAGGAGUAAACAUUUAUUAAAGUAAAUUAGCCUGCGUAGCAGGCGCUAGGAAAUAAAUGGGGGAAAUAAAAAAAAAACGCGCGCUAGGAAAUAAAUGGGUGAAAUAAAAAAAAAACCGCGCGCGAGGGAGGCACGCGAGGGAGGCUACGCAGGCUAAAAGUAAAUCUUCUCCCCUGUAGUUGUCAAAGGAGUCAGUCCUUUCUCUCCAUUUUACGUUUUUCCUCAAAUGACCCCCGGGCAUUAGCAUUUUUUUUGCUGUGGAUGGCAAAUUCCCAGGGGUAGAGACUCUUGAGCUGUCAACUCCCCUGGGGUGGGGGCGAAAAAAGAGGGCAAAUGCCCCGUCCUCCGUCAACACUGCAACAUUUUUCAUUGAUCACACAGUCGAAUAAUGCCGUUUUAAGCAUUGUAAUGUGCGAUUUUUUGUUUCAAUGAACGUGUUCCUUUGGGCUCAGCUGGAUUUGACUGAUGCAUAAUGAGACAUUGUGUCCGCGUCUCUAUACUCUCCAUUCUCUGUCCACACCUCCCUUAAACUGACCCCUAAAGUUACAGGUCCGUGCAGCCCAUCCUUCAGUCUUUUUCUUUGAAUCUUUCUGUAUAAGGUGGACACUUACAACCAGUGCCAUUGUUGUCCAUCAUGUACAAACUUGGAAGGCUUGGGAUAGGAUAUGUCAGAUGAUGGUUCAAGUCAUUUUUUGUCAAGACCAACUUCUCAAAGUACUUUGUUUUUUCCAUUUUAGAUGAUGGUGUUCUUAGCCACAAGGAGUUUGUUGUUGUCAUGAAAAACCAACUUGUCAGAGGGCUAGAAAAUGUAAUUAUCUUUGUUUAUUAAGGAAAAUAUUUUAAGCUUUAAAAAUUGAGAGUUUUUUAAACUCAUUGAAUUACUCACAGUUGUGUAACCAUGCUUACAAAGAUGAGUUUUAAAAACCUUCGUAGGCAUUUUGCAGCUUCUUGAAGUUGCCCUUCUUCUCUUUUCAUAUUACCGGUAUCUUCUCACUUUUUAUUGGUUUAACUGUAGUUAUAAUGGAUUUGCUCGGCUACGUUUCUGCAGCGUUUUGUUUGCCUUGGGCUUGGUUUGCCAUUAAAUUUUUCAUCCCCUGGUCCCAGUUGUUGAAGAGGUGGAUAGCACUAUCCACCAGAUAAAAUCUCUAUCCACUGGAUUAUGCAAUUGGUUUUCCUAAUACUUAUCCACUGGAUAGUAAUCUAUCCGGUGGAUAUCGCUAUUCAGCUUUUGAACAACUGGGGCCUGGUCAAUUGGACACUCAUCGUUCAAUUGUGACUUAGGUGCUAACUUUUUAAAUUUGUUUUAAUUUACAGCCCAAGGACACAGGAUUCAGCAGACUGAUGCAGGCUAUUUGGCAUUGUGCAAAACAUGUUACAUACACAACACUCCAUCCAAAGAAAUCAACAACAGCUGAAGACUGAUAAGAUGAGAUGAACACAAAUACAGCCAGUACAAUAAUAGCAGGAAAUACCAUCUUCAGGUCCCCAAAGAUUUUUCGUGGUGAAUUAAUGAACUAUGGAAUAUACAUUGUAAGGGCUACAAUUUGAUAGAUCAAAAGCUAGAGAUGCAGGGGCUAGAAAGAAUUCUCAUAUUAUCUAAUAAACUGCUAGACUUUCCUUCCAGUUUUCCUUAUGUCAAGAGUCAAGAGUCACUUUAGGCCUUGUUUGUGGCACCCCUUAAAAACACAUUAUCUGGUGACCCACUGUUGCUGCCUCCAAGUUAUAAGUAUUAUUGUAACAUUCUAACUGAGGAAACAACAGCAGUUGUAUAAUAGCUGUUAAUUUAAAAAAAAUAAUAAUAAAAAGAGUUUUCACUAUGUUGCAGUACAGUGAGAUUUACUCUCCCAAAUCCCUAUUGCCC